AUGUUUGCCGUGGGCAGAGUGCUGGGACAGGAGCAUGGGUGUGAGAGCAUAGACAGUCCAGAGUUACCGCUUCUGUCCAAACCUGGAGACAUCAUUAUCGGGGGAGCUUUCUCUAUACACAGCCAAGUGUCACAGCUGCCACUACUGUUUACUGAAAAACCGGCUCACCUUCCAUGCUCUAGGUCUAUGCGGAGCGUCAUGGGCCUGAUGAACGGGAGGGCGGCGGAGGGCAGUGGGAAAUGUUCCGUGCUCGCCGUUAUAGGACAGUCUGAAUCUUCAGCCACUGUGGUCCUAUCUCGCACCACCGGCCCGUUUGAGCUUGCAGUGAUCAGUCACUCAGCUACAUGCGAGUGUCUGAGCAACAGGAAGGAGUACCCAGCUUUCUUCAGAACUAUUGCCAGUGACCUCCACCAAAGCCGCGCUCUUGCCCACCUGGUCAAACACUUUGGCUGGACGUGGGUGGGCACAGUGAACAGUGACAGCGAAUACGGCAACAACGGAAUGGCCAUUUUUCUUACUGCUGCCCAGAAAGAAGGAAUAUGUGUGGAAUACUCUGAGAAAUUUCAUAGGACUGAACCUGAGAAGUUGAAGAAAGUGGUGGAAGUUGUCAAGAAAGGGACAGCUAAAGUCAUUGUGGCGUUUCUCUCUCACGUGGAAAUGAAUGGAUUUUUAGAGGAAAUGAGUUUGCAAAGUGUGACAGGCCUUCAGUUCAUUGGAGUGGAGAGCUGGAUGACAGCAGAUAGCCUCAUCACCCCCACCAGCUUCAAAGUGCUGGGGGGAGCGCUUGCAGCCAUUUUGUUUUAUUACCACAAAGAAACUCCUCUGGUUAAAGCCAACAACUCUGAGCUGAGCUUCCUGCUGCUGUUCUCGCUGAGCCUGUGCUUCCUGUGCUCUCUCACCUUCAUGGGACGUCCCUCUGAGUGGUCCUGCAUGCUGCGCCACACUGCGUUCGGCAUCACCUUUGUCCUCUGUAUCUCCUGUGUUCUGGGGAAGACUAUAGUGGUGCUCAUGGCCUUUAGAGCCACACUCCCAGGCAGUAAUGUCAUGAAAUGGUUCGGGCCUCUUCAGCAGAGACUCAGUGUUGUUGCGUUCACACUAGUGCAGGUUGUAAUCUUUCUGGGAUACAUAGGCCUGUUGGCUUUGCUGUGUUUUGUGUUGGCGUUCUUGGCUCGUAAACUCCCGGAUAAUUUCAACGAGGCCAAAUUCAUCACCUUCAGCAUGUUGAUCUUCUGUGCCGUCUGGAUCACGUUUAUCCCGGCUUACGUCAGCUCUCCAGGAAAGUUCACCGUCGCUGUGGAGAUAUUUGCUAUUCUCGCCUCAAAUGUUCCAGAGCCUUUGAGAUGCACCAGGAUAGAUGCUCGGGAGUUCAGAUUUGCCCACACAAUGAUUUUUGCCAUAGAGGAGAUAAACAGCAGUGGUGUUCUUCUGCCCAACAUUUCCAUUGGUUAUAAAGUGUUGGACAGUUGUGAUUCGCCGCAGCGAGCAGUUAUGGCUCUUCUGAAUGGACAGGAGUUGCACAGGGGGGGCACAUGCUCAGGUGCGUCUGCGGUCCAGGCCAUCAUCGGAGCCUCUGAGUCCUCAUCCACCAUUGUGAUGCUGCAGAUGGCUGGAAUAUUCAAUAUACCAGUGAUCAGCCAUUUUGCCACCUGUGCCUGUCUGAGUAACAGAAAGCAGUACCCCACAUUCUUCAGGACAAUUCCCAGUGAUUUUUACCAGAGUCGGGCUCUUGCCAAACUCAUCAAGCACUUUGGUUGGACCUGGGUUGGUGCCGUUAGAAGCGACAAUGACUAUGGCAACAACGGCAUGGCAACCUUUAUCACUGCAGCGGCGCGGGAAGGAAGACCCCAGUCUGUCUGCAGUCACAACUGUCCUUCUGGUUUCCGCCAGGCCCAGAUCAAAGGUAAACCUCCCUGCUGCUUCUCCUGUGUCCGCUGUGCUGCCGGAGAGAUCACACAUCUAAACAUGCAUGCAGUCAUAGGGGAGACCACCUCGACCUCCACUAUUGGCAUUGCACGCACCAUGGGACCCUUCUAUAUACCUGCAAUCAGUCAUUCAGCCACUUGUGCUUGCCUCAGCAAUAGGAGAGACUACCCUUCUUUCUUUAGAACUAUACCCAGUGAUUUGUACCAAAGCGAGGCACUGGCUAAACUGGUCAAACAUCUGGGCUGGACGUGGGUAGGUCAACAGUUUGACAUGAAGAGUGGUGAAAUAGCGAUGUGGGCAGGCAACAGUCCAAAGGUGCCCAGGUCUGUGUGCAGUGAGAGUUGUCUGCCCGGGACACGCCGGGCCUUUGUCAAAGGAAAACCUGUGUGUUGUUUCGACUGCAUCGUUUGUGCUGACGGAGAGUUUAGCAACAGCACAACCUUGAUAUUUUUCCACUUCAGACAGACUCCAAUAGUGAGAGCCAAUAAUUCCGAAAUGAGCUUCCUGCUGCUGUUCUCGCUGAGCCUGUGCUUCCUGUGCUCUCUCACCUUCAUCGGACGUCCCUCUGAGUGGUCCUGCAUGCUGCGCCACACUGCGUUCGGCAUCACCUUUGUCCUCUGUAUCUCCUGUGUUCUGGGGAAGACUAUAGUGGUGCUCAUGGCCUUUAGAGCCACACUCCCAGGCAGUAAUGUCAUGAAAUGGUUCGGGCCUCUUCAGCAGAGACUCAGUGUUGUUGCGUUCACACUAGUGCAGGUUGUAAUCUUUCUGGGAUACAUAGGCCUGUUGGCUUUGCUGUGUUUUGUGUUGGCGUUCUUGGCUCGUAAACUCCCGGAUAAUUUCAACGAGGCCAAGUUCAUCACCUUCAGCAUGUUGAUCUUCUGUGCCGUCUGGAUCACGUUUAUCCCGGCUUACGUCAGCUCUCCAGGAAAGUUCACCGUCGCUGUGGAGAUAUUUGCUAUUCUCGCCUCAAGGUCGGAGCUCUCAGACCUGAGGAUGACCCCACGCAGGAGGCAGGAGCAGGGCUUUGCACUUCUGCAGCUGCUGCUGGUCGCCUCUUUCUCUUACGGAAAUGAUUGGGUGGGCACGGAGGCCUGGAUCUUUGAUUCUAAAUCCUUGUCCAUGGAUCAGCACCACGUUCUGGAUGGGGCCAUUGGCUUGUCUAUUCCAGAGGCUCAUGUCAGUGGCAUGGAAGAGUUUAUGGUGGAUAAGGAGAAAUAA